GAUAGAAGGGGAGUUGGUUGUCCAGAGGGAAAGCGAGCCUGGGGAGUGGGUCUCCAGUGUGAGGGGCUCUGCUGCAGUUGUCAUUUCUACCAGUUGUGUGCAGGAUGGACACACCACACUUUGUUUGGACCCCUGUCACUGGGAAUAUCCCUGAACUUUGACUUAGAAUGCUCUGGGUGCCACUGUAACUGAGAGUCUUUUGGAUUCAAUUCAGAGUGCUUGCUGGUGCUUUCUGCUUUUUAAAGAGUCGUUUUAAACUUGCGCUUCUGUUUUUUGACUGCGGCCCACUGAUCAGCCAAGGGAGUAACACGCCUGCAGUAAAGAGGGGACGAUUCAGAGGACCAGUGGAUGACCUGCCUGCUGUACAGACCAUGAUCUGAAGGCCCCGCCACGUGGCCCCAUUCUUCUUCCUUAUUUCCUGCAGGGGUAAGAGCUCCUAGACCAGCUGCCUCAGACAGGUGGAGCGGAGGGAGAUAGAGUGUGACAGCCAAGUGCCUAGUCGGCAACAGUGCCCACCAACCACCUCCACAGGACAGCCGUGCCCUCCGACCCCGCCACGCCCCCUGCCCCUCCCACCGCCAGACCGGAACCAUGGGAAGGAAAAAGAUCCAAAUACAGAGGAUCACAGAUGAACGGAACAGACAGGUGACGUUCACCAAGAGGAAGUUUGGCCUGAUGAAGAAGGCAUAUGAGCUGAGCGUGCUGUGCGACUGUGAGAUCGCCCUCAUCAUCUUCAACCACUCCAACAAGCUGUUCCAGUACGCCAGCACCGACAUGGACAAGGUCCUGCUCAAAUACACCGAGUACAACGAGCCCCACGAGAGCCGUACCAACGUCGACAUCAUGGAGGCUCUGAACAAGAAAGAGCACCGGGACUCAGAGAGCCCAGACCCCGAGGAGCCCUUCUCCCUCACCCCCCACACUGAGGAGAAAUACAAAAAAAUUGACGAGGAGUUUGAUAAAAUGAUGCAGAGCUAUAGGCUGUCAUCAGCCGUCCCACAGCCCACCUUCUCCAUGCCCGUCACGGUGCCAGUGUCCAAUCAAAACGCUCUCCAGUUCAGUAACUCUGGCGGUCUGGUCACAACCUCCUUCGUCACCUCCACCCUCACAGACCCCCGCCUGCUGUCGCCACAACAACCAUCUCUCCAGAGGAACACUGGGUCUCCAGGGUUACCACAGCGACCGGCCAGCGCAGGUGCUCUAUUAGGAGGUGAACUGAACAACUCCAACGGAGGAUGCCCGAGCCCAGUUCCGAACGGCUACAUCAGUGCCAGGGCCUCCCCCGGCCUCCUCUCCGUCUCCAACGGCAACAGCCUGGGGAAAGUAGCCAAGUCUCCACCUCCGCCCAGCCCUCAGAUGGUGAACAGCCGCAAGCCUGAUCUCCGGGUCAUCACCUCCCAGAGCGGCAAGAGCCUGAUGCAGCUGACCGAUGAGGAGCUGGAGUUGGUGAGUGAGAAUGCUCAGCGGUUAGGUGGUUCUCAAGGGAACCUGUCCACGCCAGUGGUUUCCGUGGCGACGCCCAGUCUCCUAGCCCCCUUCUCCGCCAUGCAGACGACCUACAACACUGAGUACCAGCUGACAAGUGCGGAUCUCACAGCGCUCCAGACAUUCACACCAUCAGGGCUGCUGCCUAGCAACAUGUCCACCUGGCAACAGCAACCAGCAGUGUCUCAGCAGCAACAGCAGCAACAACAACAGCAGCAUCAACAACAACAACAGAUUAGCUUGGCGUCACUCAGUAACUUGGUCAUGUGGGGCGCAGAGAAACAGAACGGGGAGAUGGCUAACUGCAUCUCCAAUUUCGCUGCUAACCUGAGCAUGGCCUCUCAAUCAAACUUGCUAUUUGGCAGGGAAGAGGGUCUCUGCUGGCCGGUUGGCCACUUACCUCAGGGCACCAUGCUGACAAUUAACACCAACCCCAACAUCAGCAUCAAGUCGGAGCCCGUGUCGCCCAACCGCGACCGCAGCACCCCGUGCUCCACAGCCGGGGGUGGCGGAGGAGGGGGCCUAGUGACCAUCACAGGGGCCCCUAUGUCAGGCCAGUACCCAGGGGCCCUGCGCCUGGAGCCGUCUACCCUGCAGGGCCGCUCGCCCGUCGGCAGCCUGAGCAGCAACGGCAGCUCCUACGAGGGGGACCGGGACGAUGGGGCCCAGGGGCGGGCCCAGGACUUCCACCACCAGGUAGGGGCCUCCUCGGGCAUGGGGCUCCUGAGGCCCUCGUCCACGCAAGAGCAGCAGGAGCAGGAGGGGGCCAAUGUGAAGAGAAUGAGACUGGACACUUGGGUCACAUAGAUGUGUAGAACAAGGGAGUGAAGGGGAGAGAUGCCCCCCUCUCUCUCACCCCCCCACCCCACACCUAUUUACCGUAUGUACAGUAAAUGCUGACCUCCACACAUGCCUCCACCACACACAAACACACACACAUGCACCGGACACGCCCAUUUGCGCAUGCUCUUACACAUUUUCUCUCACAAAUGUAUGCGUUGACACACAAGCUGCAUACUGUUUUACCCUAUAUUGUACUACACACACACACAUAUUCUCACACAAGCACCCUCUAUAGGGGCAGAGUAACCGAACCAGGGAUUACAUGUCAACAUAGUGUGUUGGACAAGAUUAGGAUUGGAAUGAAUGAGUUCUCUUUUGUUCAAGCUGGCUCUGUCUCCUUUUUGUUUUAAAGGGAGAGAGAGAGCAGCUAGAAAACUGACUGACUAUUGGCUUUGCUGGGUUUUCUGUUUACCCUCUACAUCACAUAAUACACAUCUGGUAUGCUCCUGUCUUUUAUCCACAGUAGGUCUCUAGUCCAGCUGCACUGCUCUGUUGAGAAACAGUACGACAACCAAAAUGAAUCCACUUCUUUGUAUCUGCCCAGUGGCACCGUUAUAUCCAGCUUUUGGUGUUUUUGUAAAGAGUAUGAGAUUGGUGAAUGAGAUUUAAACUGUUUUCUUGGACUAUUACGUCCUCUCUCUGUCUGACUUGUCCAUCAGCCAUCUUUACAUUUCUAUAAACAUUUCUAAUUUAGAUUUAAGAACCCAAAAUUCACCAAGACAAACUUACUAGCUAUCCAUUUUAUAAGACAGGAUUCACUGUUCUAAAGUGGACGAUCCUUGAUUUGUUUAUUUUUAGCCAGGUAUUUAAUCAGAACCAUGCAAAUAGCUGUUUAAUCUGAAACAUCGAUACCUUAUCUAGGUCAAAUACUGUUUUAUCAGGGAUGGGCUGCACUAGCUCUAUGACACAUGCUACAGAUACCUACAGAUCAACUUCAGAUGCUACGUGUGUGUUCCUGUUUUUGAUAUUUAUUUCAAAUGCUCUUUUUGUGUUAAGUUUUUUUUGUUACUACCUUCUUGACUUUUCGAUUCUCCCCACGCUCAAAUCCAUCCGCACUCACACACGAAAAGUAUUUUUGUUAAACAAUGCCAGUGUUUCAGAAGGCUCUGAAUAAGAGAUGUAAACUGGGAGAAAAAGCAAAGAACUGUGUAUAUAAGUAAUUUGUUCUGUUUCCUUCUGUAUGGCUUUUGUAUAGCAGGGAUAUUGUUUUUUGUGGGUAAAUAUAUAGACCAUAUAUAUAUAUAUAUAUAUAUAUAUAUAUAUAUAUAACAGCAGCGAUAGUAGAUUUUGAGAGUAAGUGAUGAACUGCAUACGAUGCAGAGAAAACGAUAGACGACAGGGAUUGUAUAUAGAAAUAUAUGUUCACAUAUGUUCAGCAGGAUAUCCCUAAAAGCCAAUGUGUUGAUUCUAAGUGGAUCUGUCUUUCUAUUUGUGUGUACAUAAGUGUACUACGUUGCAAAGCCAAGUGACGGUGCUAGAGGGACAGAAAGGGAAGUAGCAGUGGAUUGGACUGUUUGAGUGAGCAGUGGUUAGUACUCUGACGGAGCGCACUUUAACCCCUUCCGCCCCCAAAAUGCCCCCUCUCUUUAAAAGCCAGGUGUCCUCCAGAAUGGGACAGUCAUGUCUGCAUGUCCUCAGGCACAUCAAACUCAUCCAACACACACAUACAAACACAUUCACACACAUUAGCCAGACAAGUAUCCCUUGUGCUUUCUGUUAGUCGAGAGUUCCUCCCUGGCCACAUGAAUUAAUUACAGCAUUUCACUCGCUCCCUACCAGUGACUUAAAAGACAAGUCCAUCUCACUCUCAUUUGACCUCCACCACUAUCAAUUUUCUGCCAAAACGGCUCAUUGCUCCACACAAUCAAACACCAUACUCACAUAUACUCUGUACUCCAGAACAGGUUCAAAUGACCUCCCAUUGGCUCUUUAUUGUUUUAUAUCGUUGUAGUUGUUGCCGUAGGGAUUGUGCAGUCUGACUCUUCAGGAGUCUAGACGAUCGUCUAGAGACGGAUGGCAGAGAGAGAGCGAUCACGCCUGCCGGCAUGUUCGCACACCCUUAGACUGUAAGACUGUUGUGUUCUAAGUUUUGAACAAAACGUUGACCCUGAUGUUUUUCUUCAUAAAAAUGGUAGCUAUGUCUUGAAUAGGGCCACACGCCAUGAAGCAAUGUUUCAUACCUAGACUAAAUGGUGACUAGUGGAAGCAGACUAUGGGGAGAUGGUUGGUUAGUACUCUGGACGUUGGCCAAUCGAGGUGUUGCAUAAAGCCCUGACAUUAUCUCAGAACAACACUAAGGGUCACUGUAAUCACAAAUGAAAAGACAAUCGUCAUGACAAUAGUUAAGCUGCGCCCCCAUAUUCCCCAUGUAUAAUGAAUGAUGUUUAGAGAAUCUCACUUUCCAGUGUUAAUUUGUGCUGGUGACAGUUCUAUUGUCUGUUUUUAUUAUAAUUGUUCUAUGAUAAUUGCUAUUAUUACUGUUAAUAUUAUCAUUAUUGUGACCAUCGAUGGUAAUUGUAAUGAUGAUAUAGAAAAGACAAUUUUAUUUUUUGCGGUUUUGUGUAGGUUAGGAAUCUUGUUUUAUUUGAAUUUUAUUUUAUUAUAUAUAAAUAUUAUAUAAAUAUAUUUUUGUUUUUGUUUUCAUUUUUUGUUUAGUUUUUUCUUCAAAGGGUGUACAAAUAUUGCACGAUUUAUGACAUAACACAAAACGGCUGUAGUAAUAUUAGUACAUGUGAGAUCAUGGAAGGUGGUGAACAAGUUUAAUAUAAUGACCAGUUCAAUGCUGCAAUUUUUUUUCAAAUGUAUAAAACUUAGUCUACACAUAGUAAAGUGGGGACAAGACACAUUUAAUUUAUUUCUGACCAGACACAAAGAUGUCAAUGCAUGGGCAUAACACACACAAAAGAAUGAAUCAUGUUAUAGGAAAUAAAUAUGAAAUGUAAUAUCAAUAAGAAUAUACAUCACACAGAAAUAAAAUAGAAAUGAAGAAAAAAGUUAAUAAAUUAUAGUUAAUAUAUUGUGUUCGGCUAGUCUGAUUUUUGUUGUAAAAAAAAAAACGAAAAAAAACUUUUUGGUUGUUUUUGGAGAAUGAUAUACAAUUUGUGUAUAUUUUCAUAAAUAAAGUAUGCACUGAUAUGUUAUUACAAAUUCUAUACUGCUUUUACAAAAAAAGUGUUUGUUAUUGUACCAAAGUAUCCAUUUGUCCCUUCUUACCCUUCCCUUUUUGCGUAUGUUUUAUCGUAUUUUAUAUAUUAAAUAGACAAGUUGACCUACUAA